AUGUGGGAGCGUUCGCAUAAAAUUCCUCUCUAUUCAAUUGCACUAGCAACCUUCCUCGUGGCAACCAGCCAGCAAUUUGUGCUUUCGUCCACUGUGAGCUCGCAAAAAACGCCUUACGAAGAUGAUCCAAACAAUUUUGAACACCAACACGCAAGUGAGCUCCUGUGUAGCAGUGACACGUUCUACAUGUUGAAUCGCACAUAUACGCCACAGCUUCCAAGUGAAUGCGUAUCCGUGAAAGUUACAUCGGGGCGUCGUAACGGAACGUAUCAGGCUCUUCUCAGGCACCGCUUAAAGGGCUCAAAAAACAUGUACAGCUUGAACGUAACCGUCCAUCCAUUCACCUCCGGAUCACACACUGAGGACAAUGCGCUUUUCUUCACCUUUCCAAGUCCUCAUACGCCGUUGUAUAAAUUUUUGUUCACCAACCCAGACAAGACGUGUGCUGUUCUGCGCGCAACGCAUGAACAAGAUGGGACAGGUUGCGAAUUGUAUUCAGUAGCAGAAGAAGGAGCCAUGGUUCCUAUUUCCCAGGAAUGUCUGGAUGUCUACAUACAAAACUGCUCCAACACAGCAUCUGAAGUAUGGAAAGACGACUGUAUAGAAGGAGACCAAGACUAG